AUGUUUAUAGAUAGCGACUAUAGCAACCGGAUUUCCCAUGCUCUGGCAGAAAGCAAGGAAUUCAGCAGGUUAGAACGACUAUAUCAAUCGUAAGUCAAUAUAGAAGAAUGGAGUCAGCCACGGAGAACCGCUGCACUUAAUCAUUAGUUAAUUCAUGAGGAUGUUGAGGGAUAGCGGCAUUUAAUCAAAAGUUAAUGAAUAAAGGAAGGAUGUGAAGGCUUUGUGAAAAAUCCCUGAUUGGCUUUGCCUCGCCUGUGUGUGUUGUAAUGGUUAAGCAGUGGUACUUCGGGUUAAGAACUUAAUUCAUUCUGGAGGUCCGUUCUUAACCUGAAACUGUUCUUAACAUCAGGUACUUUAGCUAAUGGGGCCUCCCGCUGCCGCCGCGCGAUUUCUGUUCUCAUCCUGAAGCAAAGUUCUUAACUGGAGGUACUAUUUCUGCGUUAGCAGAGUCUGUAACCUGAAGCGUCUGUAACCUGAAGCGUCCACUGUCCCUCAGACUUUGUGGGGGCUGGACUAUAUUUUGUGUGUGGGGGGGGGGAAAUGAACGAAUUCCUAUGCCCCACAAAUAACCCAGAGAUGCAUUUUAGAUAAAAGCACACAUUCUACUCAUGUAAAAACACACUGAUUCCUGGACCAUCUGUGGGCCGGAUUUAGAAGGCGAUUGGGCCAGAUCCGGCCCCCAGGCCUUAGGUUGCCUACCCAUGCAUAAGAAUGUUCUUCACCUAUAAAGGUAAAAAGCACACCGCAGUCCUCCUGUGGCUCCUUCAGAGAGACUUGUCCUUGCGUGUGUUUGUGCCAAUAAUAGGCUUUGUUUUUGCUCAGAGUUUGUAUCUGUCUGCCACUCCUUUGGGGACCCCCCCACCCUUAAAAUUCAUCACAGGAGUCACAGCUCAGGGAAAUCUCUGUUGUACGGCCAUCUGCAUCUUUCUUUUUUCAAAUUGUUUUUAUUAGAAGAUUUUAUUGGGUCCAUAGGCAUCUCUCUGGUGCAGCUGACCAACUUAGCAACCCCACUGGAGUUCGGACUAUUACAUACAUACACACACACACACACACACACACCUAAUUUUAUUCGUAUGCCACAUUUCCACACACUCAAGGCCACUUACUACAUGAAAAAAUGAGAGUCGUCAUUGCGAUCCAUAGUUAAAAGUAAAGGUAAAGGUAAAGAACCCCUGACAGUUAAGUCCAGUCGCGAACGACUCUGGGGUUACGGCGCUCAUCUCACUUUACUGGCUGAGGGAGCUGACAUUUGUCCACAGUUUUUCUGGGUCAUGUGGGCAGCAUGACUAAGCCACUUCUCGCAAAACAAGAGCACUGCACGGAAACGCCGUUUACCUUCCCACCGGAGCGGUACCUAUUUAUCUACUUGCACUUUGACGUGCUUUCGAACUGCUAGGUUGGCAGGAGCUGGCACAGAGUGAUGGGAGCUCACCCCGUCGUGGGGAUUCGAACCGCCGACCUUCCGAUUGGCAAGUCCAAGAGUGGUUUACACCACAGCACCACCUGCAUCCCAUAGUUAAAAAUAGAAAUUGACAAAUGUGUCCUCUUUUUUGCUCUCUUCAAAAUAUGCAACCCUAAUUUAUUUGUAUUUUUAAUAAUUAGAUCAAAGCAAUUAAUGUAUGUUUUCACCAAGUCAGCCUGGUUGAGCCAACCACAUUUUCUGGUUCCAAUGGCAGAACGGAAUAAUUCAGUCUUUGGGGUUUGUAGUUAAUUGUUUCCCUGGAGUGAAACGACUCCUCACAACGGAAUUUAAAUGCAAGCAACUGAUUCUUAUCUACAAAGAGAUUGAUCACUUCUGGACAAUGCUGGGAUAGUGUCUUUCCUUAGCUCCUUGGAUAUGUCCAAAUGCCAGCAAGCUUUUAAAAAAACACACCAGCUAGCCAAUAAAUAGCCUUGCAGCACUUUGAAGACUUAGGAAUGCAUAAUGGCACAAGCUUUUAUGGACUGCUUUAAUUGUUUUGCUGGGUCACAGGAAUAUAUGUGCAUGGUUUUCCUUUUUUUGCAAAGUGUGAGGUUGCUGGAAAUGAAGCACAGAAAAAAACACAGCUGACAGCCACAAUUCGUAAAACAGUUAUUGGAAGCAUUGGAAUCUGCCCGUAUUCCCUUACGGGAGACACAAGAGCCCUUGUAGAGUCCUUUGCAGGUUAUCCAUCAGUCGGAGAAAAUAACAGAAGCCAACCAGAGAAUAUUGAGAAGCAAAGCAGCUCGUAAGCCUGAUCUUUAUUGAACUGUUGCAACAGGGUGCUCCCCUCACACGCAGGAAAGGAGGAGGACCCCAAACAAAGGUGUGCCCGCCCUUAUAUAGACAUUUUAAAUUGCCCGCCCUGGAGUCCAAGACCACCCUCAGAAACAUCAUACCUACAUCACAGAAAGGGCAGUCUACAGCAGAAAUCUGAGUGUGUUUUUUAUCUCCUGUCUGGCAGGUUAUCUGUUAAUGCUUACUUGAUUGGAUACCCUGGGCAGCCUGGCCAGUCUUUUGUAAUGAUAAAUACAGUGGUACCUCUGGAUGCGAACGGGAUCUGUUCCAGAGCCCAGUUCGCAUGCGCGUAACGUCGUUUUGACCAUCUGCGCAUGUGCGAGUGGCUGCUUCAGACAUGCGGUUUAUAUAUUUAUGUAUUUGUUUGCUUGGUACAUUUAUUAUAUAUAUAAGACCUUAAUUUUUUUAUUUCAGUAGAUAUCCUGGCAUAGGUAUGCCAAUUAAAACAUAAUGUGCUGAAAAUAGUUUAAUUCACAAGUGUUAGCACUGAACUGCUUGAUACAUUUCAAUUCAGGGGUUUCUAUUUACAGUCUCCUUUUUUUAAAAAAAAUUUUUAUUGUUCUGAACGGGAACUGCAUGCACAUCAAUAACUGAAAUGUAUGGCACAGAACUUGGACACUGUAAAGUUUGUUAUUUCUUUAAGACACCACUCUGGAAGUUUAAGGAAGAAAGGAGAGUAUGUAUUUUCAACCCAUUAGAAGGAUAGAAAUCUAAUCCCAUUCGUAAAAAAACAAGCCAAGGGGAUUUAGGAAAUCACACAGCCACACAUUCUCAAACCAUACAUACUAGGGGGAGAGCUGCAUAUGUACCAUAAUCUGUGAAUCAUACACUGUCCCAUAAAGCAGACAUGAAAGUUCACUUCCCUCACAUCACACAGAAGAGCAAGGAACAAAUGGCAUGUGAGGGGACAGAGAAGCCAGAUCUAAAGCCACUCUUUAACGAGGAUUUCAUUAGCAAGGGGAGGACGACACAUUCUUCUACGCCCGCUCAAUAAGCACGAAGAUCAUACACUGAAGCCUUGAAGCAGCUGAAGUGAUGGCUAGACCUGAAUAUGUAAGAUGCAAGCUUUUGUGGGACCUAGCCUAAAAAAUCUUACAUUUUGUGAGUGUGUGUAUAUUAAAAACCAGGAUCGAUGGGAAUCGGAAGCUUCAGGCUGCGAAACGAGCAGCGGAGGACUUCUUGGAGAGUUAAAGGGGCGCUCGCUCCGCCUCCGUGGGUCAAAAGAAUCGGUAGCCACUGCAGCCACAUGCGGGUCGAAGUGGGGAGAAGAAAGGCCAACAGGCCCCACCCACCAUGCUCCUGAUGCAGCGCAGUAAAGCCUUUACAGUCUCCUUUUGAUGCUGCCUGGCUCCAGGAAAGCCACUAUUGAGGACCAGGGACAUUUCAGCUGCUCAGAACACUCUGCAAAUGACCUUAAAGCCCAAGAUGAAACCCUGCAUCCCCUUAAUACAAGAUCUUGUGCAUCCUAAAGAAGCUUGCAAUUUCUGUCAUGCCUUAUCUCAUCUGCUUGGCUUUGUGUGCAAGGCGUAAAAACACUCCUGCUCAGACAGGCCACAUCUUGAAGAAGGGGGGAAAGCGGAGACCUGGAUAACAAUUGACUGAUCAGCUUGAUGUUUAUACCAGUGUUAUAAGAAAAAACUCCUUUUUCCCUUAUGGGGUAUCCAAGAGCCCGUAUAGAGUCCUUAUGUAGGUUUUUAAUCAGUAGAAAAUAACCAACCAGAGAAUAUUGAGAAGCAAAGCAGCUAGUAACCCUGAUCUUUAUUGAACUGUUGCAACAGGGUCUGCUCACCCCACGCAGGGAGGGUGGAGAGGAACCCAGAACAUUGGUGUGCAAGCUCUUAUAUAGACUUUUGAAAUUGCCUCCCCUGUAGCUCACAACCACCCCCAAAAACAUCAUACAUACAUCACAGAAAGAGGUGGUGCCCAGCAGAAAUUUGAGUGUGAUACCUGAUAAUAGCUUAUCUGAUUGCCUUUUCUGGGUAGCCUGGCCAUUCCUUUGAGAUGGUAAAUACUUAGUUCCUGAAUCUCUUACGCAUAUUGAGAGUGCUCAGCUUAACAGAUCCUUGCCAGACUGUAUUUGAAAAGGGAGGUGUAAGCCCCUACAAUCCAAAGACAAUUGGAAAGCUUUUCCCAUUUCCUUCCUCCUUGCAGAGAAAUAUUUGAGGUCAAUUUGGAAGAGCCAAAAUGGCUUCAGGAUUGUUCUCCUGUACUAUUUCAGACACGUGGUUUAUAUACUUAUGUAUGUGUUUGUCUUGUACAUUUAUGUACAUUCAUAUGUACAUAUGUACAUAUAUAUAUAUAUAUGACCUUAGAAUUCCUGUAACCCCAGGAAAGGUCCUGUUGUUGUUGUUUAGUUAUUUAGUUGUUUAGUCGUGUCCGACUCUUCAUGACCCCAUGGACCAGAGCACGCCAGGCACUCCUGUCUUCCACUGCCUCCCGCAGUUUGGUCAAACUCAUGCUGGUAGCUUCGAGAACACUGUCCAACCAUCUCAUCCUCUGUCGUCCCCUUCUCCUUGUGCCCUCCAUCUUUCCCAACAUCAGGGUCUUUUCCAGGUCAGCUUCAGGAUCUGUCCUUCCAGUGAGCACUCAGGGCUGAUUUCCUUCAGAAUGGAGAGGUUUGAUCUUCUUGCAGUCCAUGGGACUCUCAAGAGUCUCCUCCAGCACCAGAAUUCAAAAGCAUCAAUUCUUUGGCGAUCAGCCUUCUUUAUGGUCCAGCUCUCACUUCCAUACAUCACUACAGGGAAAACCAUAGCUUUAACUAUACGGACCUUUGUCGGCAAGGUGAUGUCUCUGCUUUUUAAGAUGCUGUCUAGGUUUGUCAUUGCUUUUCUCCCAAGAAGCAGGCGUCUUUUAAUUUUGUGACUGCUGUCACCAUCUGCAGGGAUCAUGGAGCCCAAGAAAGUAAAAUCUCUCACUGCCUCCAUUUGUUCCCCUUCUAUUUGCCAGGAGGUGAUAGUACCACUCUACUCUGCCUUGGCCAGACCACCCCUGGAAUACAGUGGUGCCCCGCAAGACGAAUGCCUCGCAAGACGAAAAACUCGCUAGACGAAAGGGUUUUUCGGUUUUUGCGUUGCUUCGCUAGACGAAUUUCCCUAUGGGCUUGCUUCGCAAGACGAAAACGUCUUGCGAGUUUGUUCGCUUUUUUCUUAAAGCCGCUUGAAGAGGCGCAGUUGCGACGGACCGUGCUUCGCAAGACGAAAAACAUCGCAAGAUGAAAAGACUCGCGGAACGAAUUAAUUUCGUCUUGCGAGGCACCACUGUACUGUGUCCAAUUGUGGGCACUACAAUUUAAGAAGGAUGUUGAGAAGCUGGAAGGUGUGCAGAGGAGGGAAACCAAGAUGAUAAAGGGGAUUCCAACAACUUUCUGGUGAUAAGAGUUGUUUUGACAGUGGAAUGGACUCCUUGGGAGAAGGUGGACUCUCAUUCCUUGGAGGUUUUUAAGCAGAGGCUGGAUGGUCAUCUGUCAUGGAUGCCUUAGUUGAGAUUCCUGCACUGUAGGAUGUUCCUUCCAACUCUACAAUUCUAUGGUUCUGUGUCUCUUAAUUUUAACCCAGUGUUCUCCUGUGGCACUUGUGUUACAAGUUGUACAGCUAGUGUCUCUGGCCUGAACCUUGUGUAGAAAUUAAUUCUCUUCACCGCCAGAAUGAAUUUCAAACUUUACUACAGAACAGUCUUAAAUAUUCAGUUACAAAAUAAUAAAGUAAUACACUGCAAAAAACCGAGUUUCAGUUCAAUAAAGUUCCUCUCUCUCCCAGAGUAAGAUAUUAAGCAUCUUUAUUAAAAGGGAGUUUCUCUGUGUCUCUCACUGGUUCAGUGGUGUGCAGGCGUCCUCUAGGGGUAAAUUCACUUACACCAGUUCUCAGGUUACAUCCCGUGAUGGUUCAUGGGAUUAGUUUUGCUCAUGCACAAUGGAAAAACACUAGAUUUGUGUUUAAAGAAAUAACUUCCUAUGCAGCACUUCUAAAUACAACGCUGUUAAACACAGCCUUUUAUGCACAGUGCAUUACACUUAAAACUUCGACAAGCUUUGUGCGCGCGCGUUUAUUCUACUACUCGGUUUCAGCCUUGUCCCCUUAGAAACGCCCCGCAAAGAAUCAUUCCGGACAGACAGGGCACUGCGUAAAAUCCACGGGAAGAUCCUAAGAGGGAUCCUUCUUUCUCUCUGCCGGGGAGAGCUGCAUCCAGUCGCGUCUCUGUUUUCAUAGGAUGACUCAGAUCUGGCAGAGCCCGGAUUGGGCAAAACUAUGGAAACGCAGCAGGAGCCUCUCUCCGCUUUCGGUUUCCUUUCCCUUUGCUGAGGCAAGAACCUCCCGGAUUUCUGACUUGCUUUUUUUUUUCUUUAAAGGCGGGAACAAACAGUGGCUGGGGAAGGCUUUGCUGAAAACGGGCACCAGUUGCUGGAAAUUCCCAAAGUGCCCAGAGCUCUCCAAGAGCAUCUCCAAACGGAAAGUAAGCGCGCGCACCUGCUUCCCACGCGUUGCUUUUUCGUUUUGCGCGCUUUGCAAGAAAACUCCGCGAAGUUUGCGGAGCUGCAUGGAAAGGGGACCGACCUCCGAAGUCCUCGCCUCCCUGGCCCUCAGGCCGUCCAAUCCAGCUGGGGCUGGCCCGGAGUGGCGUCUCGGGGAGUGAAUGGAGGGGCGGCUUGGAGCUCUGCUCGUCUUCCUCGGGGAAAAGCUCUCCUCCUGCGGCUCCCGGGCGCAUCUCUCCCUGUUCGCCUGAGGGGCUUGGGCGCUCUUUUCCCUGCUGGAGCGCCUCCUGUCAGCUUGGGCAGGCAGCCUGUGAACGGUGAGAAGGGCUUGGCGGGGAGGCGUCGUCUUGGCCGGGGCGAGCUGGCAGUUGCAGAGCUCUGGGUUCGAGUGUUGCGCUCCGGGCCGUGGACGCGCAGGGUGGCCAAAGGGAAGGGGGGUUCCGUCACGGGGAGAGCGGCCUCGGGACUUGUAGAACGAGAGAAUGAUAGCGUUGGAAGGGACCCCCAUAGUCCAACCCCUGCCGCCACUUUCCGAGGGCGACCCUGGAACUCCCUGAGACCGGAGCGGCCGCCGCUCGGGAUGGCUGCCUGGGUCUGUUCUGCGCAUCCAAGGGGACAUGGCAGGGGCUGGUCUAACCUUGCGGGGUUCGCGUUUUGGCUUUCAAGGAGGUGGUAGGUGGGCAGUGUCUGAAACAUGCCCAGGCGAUGCCCGAAGCGUUCCGGCAAGCGCGUUCUCUUAUUUGGAGAUGGGGGAAAAGGAGGUUGUGGGUUGGAAAAGCGGUGGUUUUGCGGGGCCGGGUUUGCGAAAUUUAAGAACAACGGAACGACGCGGGGCAAAUGCUGCGAAGGCAAGAGGAGAGGUCCUCUUUGGGACCAGGAACUGGUGAAGUUGCAGGAAGGAAAUGGUAGGAACAAACGAAAAGCUCUCCAAAUGGAGAGAUGUGUUAAAAGGUAGAAAAGAUAAGGAGCAGUGGACGGUUAAGUCCAGUCAAAGGCGACUAUGGGGUGCGGCGCCCAUCUCGCUUUCAGGCGGAGGGAGCCAGUGUUUUCCCACGGUUUGGGGGGGACGGGGACGCUACGCUUUUAAACUUGCUCUUAAACGAUACAGAGUUCUGUGUGAGCAGUGAAGUGGCCAAGUUUGCUGAUGAUGCUAAACUGUUCUGCGUCCUUACAACAUACCUUACUGCAUGCUUAUCUUUCCCGCCCGGAUCUGACCACAGUGAUCCAUGCGACAGUCACCUCCAAGCUUGACUACUGUAAUUUGCUCUCCGCGAGGCUGCCCUUGAAACUGGCCCACAAACUCCAGCAGGUGCAGAAUAAUAAUAAUGAUAAUAAUAAUAAUAAUAAUAAUUUAUUUAUACCCCGCCCAUCUGGCUGGGCUUCCCCGCCACUCUGGGCGGCUUCCAAAAAAAUAUUAAAAUACUGUAAUACAUCAAACAUUAAGCUUCCCUAAACAGCAAGGCUCCUCACGGGGUCCCUGCCAUGGGAGCAUAUUCACCCAGUGCUUUACCAAUUGCACUGGCUCCCGGUGGAGUAUAGGGUCAGGUUCAAGGUGCUGGUCUUGACGUUUAAAGCCCUUUGUGGCUUAGGGCCGUCGUAUCUACGGGACCGCCUCUCCUGGUCUGCCCGGCAGAGGACCUUAAGGUCCAUGAAUAACCAUAGUUUAGAGGUCCUGGGCCCUAAGGAAGUCUGACUAUCCUCCACCAGGGCCAGGGCCUUCUUAGUGAUGACUCCGACCUGGUGGAAUGCUCUGUCCCAUGAGACUAGGGCCCUGCAGGAUUUAACCUCCUUUUGCCAGGCCUGAAAGACAGAGCUAUUCCGCCUGGCCUUUAAUUUGAAUUCAGCCUGAUCUUUUAUUUCCCUUCCCUUCCCUCCCCCUUCCCUUUUAUGAAGAUCACCCGCUCUGAGACCCCACAGCUAAUUCUCCCCUGGCCUCCUUGCUGCCCAAGUAGGACCAAUUCAGCCAGCUAGCCCUGGGGAUUAUCUAAUGCUUAUUUCCCCUAAAUUGAUUUUUGAAUUUUAUUGUUAUUCAUGUUUUUAUACUGUAUUUUAUGCUGCUUUUAUAAUUAAGUGCUUUAAAUUUGUUGUUAGCCACCCUGAGCCCGGUUUUUGAACCGGGAAGGGCGGGUUAUAAAUAAAUUUUUAUUUUUUAUUAUUAUUUUUUAUUAUUAUUAUAGCAAAAAGAGAUUGUGAAGAACUCCAAAAGGACAUCUCCAAACUGGAGUGAAUGGGUGGUAAAAGGACAAAUGCAAUUCAAUGUAAACAGGUGUAAACUGAUGGAUGCCAGGGCCCAAAAACCUUAAUUUCACAUAUAUUCUCAUAAGGCCUGAACUGUCAGUGACUUUGCAGAGGGUAGGACUACUGACACUUUGAGUCCUUUCUAACUCUGCAAUUCGGUGAAGCAGACCUGGGGCCAUAGUAGAUAGCGUGAUGAAGAUACUAAUUUAGCCAUGCAUAAAACCCUCCUCAAAGUAGGAAAUUCUCCCUGUUGCUUCUUCGGCCUUCGGGGAAAGAUCCCAGACCCUGCUCAAAACUGGUGUAUGGUUCUGACAGGCUAAUGCUAUCACACAGGGCAAUUUCUAAACCAGUCCCGACCUGCAUUGCAGGGGUUGGACUAGAUGACCCUCGGAUUACCUUCCAACUAUGAAUUCUAUGAAUCUUCCCAGAUCUGCUAUAGUUUCUCUGUUGGACAGGCUUCAGGAGUAAAGCAACUUCCUACCAGGACUGACCUUCUGGCACAUGGUUUUCCACAUGGGACAGACCACAUUGCCAAUACUAAUCCAGACGUAUUUCUGGCAAAGUGAGCUGUUACAGGGCUGCCAUACGCCUGGAAUUUCCUGGAGCCAUCUGAAACACUCUUCUUUGCCAACAUCUGCUCUUUGAUUCUGGUUUUUGGCUGUACUUUGGCGCAGUUGCCCCCCUCCCCCCCCGCCAGAGUUCCCUGUCACCGAGCAGGACCUGUUGAAUUUCCACCUGUCAAAAGUCCCUGGGUUUGCGAUUACUGAGGGGUGGGUGGGGAAUAUUCACAAGUGGGUGCCAGAGGCAAAGUACAGUCAUACCUCUUGUUACGUUCGGUUCAGGUCACGACUUUUCAGGUUGCGUCCCGCAGCGACCAAGAAGUACCGGAAAGGGUUACUUCUGGGUUUCGCUGCUCGUGCAUUCGCAGACGCACAAAAUAACAUCAUGCACAGAAGAGGCGGAUUGCGACCCGCACGUGCGCAGAUGCAGGUUGCAUUCCUCUCAGGUUGCUAACGAGGCUCCGGAACGGAUCCCUUUCGCAACCAGAGGUACCACUGUAUAGCCAAAUAUUAACUCUACUUCUGUAUGGGCAAUCUAUCUGGAAGAUAAAUUGUUAGUGAUCUGACAUGGUUGCACUCCCUGCCUCUGUUCCUUCGCACUCCCUGUCUCUUGUUAAGUUCUUUGAUGGCAUGAAGAACAGCUUUUAAUGUCCUAAUUAGUUGGGAGGAAGUGAUAUUGCUGGGUACCUUCUUUGAUGCUGAACAUUGUUUUGAGAAAGUGAGGCAUUGGGAGGGGGCGGCUAAGGAAUAAUCUGCACGUAGCCAGUAAUGAAUGAUCAUCUGCACGUAGCCAGUGGGGCUGGCCACAUAGGCUAGCUAUCUGUAAAUUGGAUGGUUUGGGGCAGAAUUGGGAGAAGCUCAUGCAAGGACUGAUGGCCACAGGGUCGUGCAAACUGUGGCAAACUUCGCUUCUUCUUGAGAGCUUCCAAGUGGCAAAUUGAGGUGCUUGCUUGCUAUGUAUAUUUUGCUUGCUGUUUAGAAUACAGUGGUACCUCGGGUUACAUACGCUUCAGGUUACAGAUGCUUCAGGUUAUAGACUCCGCUAACCGAGAAAUAGUGCUUCAGGUUAAGAACUUUGCUUCAGGAUGAGAACAGAACUCGUGCUCCGGCGGUGCGGCAGCAGCAGGAGGCCCCAUUACCUAAAGUGGUGCUUCAGGUUAAGAACAGUUUCAGGUUAAGAACGGACCUCCAGAAUGAAUUAAGAAUUACAGUGGUACCUCUGGUUGCGAACAGGCCCGUUCGCAACAUGAAAAGAGCACAACCCGCAGCGGCGUGUCUGUGCACGUGCGGGUUGCGAUUCGCCGCUUGACGUCAUUUUGCGCUUCUGUACAUGUGCGAGCGGCAAAACCUGGAAGUAACCCUUUCCGGUACUUCCAGGUCGCCGUGGGACGUAACCUGAAAGAACGUAACAUGAAGCGGACAUAACAUGAGGUAUGACUGUACAGUAAAAUCUUUAAUCAUCUUGCUCACUUGUGUUUUGUAUUGCUUCUGAAUCUCAUUUUAAAAGAGCCACCUUGCAUUUGGCAAGACCCCUCCCUUGGAGGUUUUUGAGUAGAGGUUGGGUUGCCAUCUGUCCUCGAUGCUUUAGCUGAGAUCCCUGCAUUGCAGGGGAUUGGUCUAGACUCUAGAGGAUCCUUGGGGUCCCUACCAGCUCUGCAAUUCUAUGAUUCCAUUAUCGUUAUGGUAAGAGCUACUGUGUCAUUUACAGCUGCGUGACAGCUUUUGCAAAAAGGGCUUGAAAGCUCCUUUCUUUGCUCACAUCCCUUGCUGUGGAGGUUGUCCAAGAGAGCUUCUGGUUUAGUUGUGUACUGGUUGUUUGGGUCUGUGGUUUUUGAGCCUUCAGUGGCUCCUCAUUUCCUCCUUUUGGUUGCAAUUUCCUUGAGUGUCUCUACCUUUCUGCAUUUUUCUUUUAACCUUGCCGUGACUGUUCAACAAAAGGCUUCCGAAUUCCUUAUUUCUGUAAUUCUGAUUGAAAGCAAAAGUUAGUGGCGGACAUGAGGAGCGUGUUGAGGGCCAACCAACUUCUCUGCUAAGCAUGCUAGAGAAAUAUUUACCGGUAUAUUUCAGCACUGGGGUGAGGGGUGUGGGGUGAGGGGUGUGCAGAGAGAGGUGCAGAACUACAUAUGUGCUUGUUGCUGAUUGGUUAACACAAAUACAAUGCAAGGGUUGUAUAUACGCAUUAAUCAUCAAUAGAUUAAAGGUUGGGAAAGGGAACACAUGGUUAGACAGGUAUGAAAUCCUCCUUGUUAAAAUAUUACUAGUGAUUGAUGACUUAAUAAACUAUUACUAGUGAUUGAUAUUGCAUGACUUAAUAAACAAUUACUAGUGAUUCAUAUUGCAUGACUUGAAAGAGCAUAACAAUCGCAUUCGGUAGAUGUGGUCAACAAUGCGUUAAGAACAGGUCAGGGUAUGAUGAACUCAAUGUGAACUGAACAUUCCCAGACUCAUGUGCAGAAGCAGAACUUCCCAUCAGUCCCUGCCCUCAAGGUGCCUGCAAUCGAAAACACAUUUAUAUUAUUUAUUUCUCAGGAUUUAUAUGCGGCUCGAUUGGAACAAAGCCUCAAAGCUGCUCAUUAAAAGAAUAAAACAAUAAAUAACCUGUUUUAAAGAAAGAGUUAGAGGAUUGGAGGCGGAGGAGAGGUAGGCAAAUACAACAUCUCCACCAAAGGAUUGAGGGAAAUAAGCCAGAGGUCACAGAUGUUUGGAAAGUUAAUCUGUCUUUAGGCUAAUGUUAUUUUAGCCUAAUAAGUUAUUGUUUCUUAGGGAUAAUUUAAAUUGUUUUAAAUUUAAAUUUAAUAAUUUAAAUAAUGUAAUAAUAAAAAUUGUUUUCUUGUGAACUGUUUUGAGGUUUUUGUUUUUACAGUCAAGCAUUGCAUAAUUUUUAAUGAAAUUAAUAUAGUAAGUUUUCUGGGAAUGUGUUUCACACCGAAGUCACAGGUGGCUGUAUCUGUCCUCAUGCAUAAUCUUCUAUACCUGUGUCAUAUACAUCUUUACCUGCCUUUUCUCUAAACAAGAAAGCCCCCAAAUAUUGUCAUUUUUCCUUACAGGAGUUUCUGCCCAUUUCCAACCUUACUACACCCCUUUUGAAGGUCAACAAGCAUUGAACAGUGUUCCAUACGUGGUGGAGCUAUAUAUUUGCAUUUCAAUAUUGGCACGUUUGUUUUUGGUUCCUUUUACUAACGAUCAGUAACCUUUUUCGCAGCUGCUAUAAACUGGGCUAACAGUCUCAUUCGUCUGCCCACCAUAAUAUAUCCCCAAGUUCCUUUUGCUGGUCAUUUGCUGACAACUGGGAGCCAUCAGUGUACAUGUGAAGUCAGGAUUUAUUUAUUUAUUCAGUCGUUCAUUUAUUCCAAAAAUCUGCACCUCUUUAGGCUUGCUUAAACAAUGAGCCAUGUUUGGCAGGUUUAAAGCCAAUUCUCUCUCCCCCUCAAAAAACAAAACGGUUUAGAGAGAUCCUUGGGCGUCUGUUUGUUUCCCUUUUUUAUCAAAUUAUUCAAGAUUGUUUCCUUCGUGAUAUUGACUGCUUUGCUGCUAAACCCCUAUUGUCAGCAAAUUUCCAGCAAAUUAAAAAGCACUCGGCAGUCCUAGAGCUGAAUACACACUUGGCUUUUGUUCUGUACUUAUUUUUGGUCCCGGAAGUUUUCAGUUUUGUCUGCUGUUGUGGUUGCUGUCCUCUGCAGGUGACACACACGGCGGAGGUGCGUGGGUGUUGCUCUGUUAAAUUCUGCCUUUAAGGCAGAAAGCGGUUUUGGAUUCCGGCUUUGCAAAACGAGAGGCGAUUGAGCUUGUAUCCCUCAACGCUGCUGGUCUGAUUUGUUAAGGAUUUGACUCUUAGGUGAACUAAUUGCCUCACCUGUUCUUUCAGUCCCACAUUCCCCCCCCCCACCCAACUUGAUUUUUGCAAAAAAUAAAUAAAAAUGCUUCCCGCCCCGUGCAUUACAGCAGAACAUGAGUCUGCUUCUUUCCUGAUGGUGACGUAACAAUGGAGUGAAACAUCUUUAAAGUCGACUUCAUUGCAUUCUUUGUCUCUCCGCCGAUGGCUCAGUCUGGAGGGUUUGUUGCUCCAAGUGUUCUAAGAAUUUUAAGGUCUCAAAUAUAGAAUAAAUGUUCAUAAAUGCACACAUAUCUAAAUACACAAACCAUGUGUCUGAAACAGUCUGGGAGAGCAAUCCUGGAGUCAUUUUGACUCUCCCAAUGACCUCAAAUAUUCCUCUGCAGUAAGGGAGGCAAAUGGGGAAAGCCUUCCCAUUGUCUUUAUGCAGGCAAAUCCUGCCUAAAGGACAUAUUUGUGUAUGAAUAGGGUGAGCUUGUGACCUGGAUUCAGGAACUAAAGUAUUAACCAUCACGAAAGAAUGGCCAGACUGCCCAGGUAGAGCACUCAGUGACCAUUAUCAGGUAUCCUGGCAGGCAGGAUUUCUGCUGUAGACCGCCUCCUUCUGUGGUGUAUGCAUGAUGUUUUGAGGGUGGUCUUGGGCUACAGGGUGGGCAAUUUCAAAAUUCUGUAUAAGGGCUUUCACACCAUUGGUCGGGGUUCCUUUCAUCCCUCCUGCGUGUGGUGAGUAGCGACCCUGUUGCAACAGUUCCUUUAAUAAAGAUCAGGCUUACUAGCCACUUUGCUUCUCAAUAUACAGUGGUACCUUGGGUUACAGAUGCUUCAGGUUACAAACGCUUCAGGUUACAGACUCCGCUAACCCAGAAAUAUUACCUUGGGUUAAGAACUUUGCUUCAGGAUGAGAACAGAAAUUGUGCGGCGGCAGCAGGAGGCCCCAUUAGCUAAAGUGGUGCUUCAGGUUAAGAAAAGUUUCAAGGUUAAGAAUGGACCUCUGGAACGAAUUAAGUGGUACCUAAGGUACUGUACAUGUUUUUGUUUUAACAUUUCUAUGAAAUUGUUUUGUUGUGCGUUUCAAUUAUGCGUGGCUAUUUUUUAAAAAAAGAAUUGGAUUUAUGCGCCUAGACAGUUUAGAAGCUAUUUGGAUAACUAAGCAGUGUACAGAUAAAUGUCUUGCAAAAUGAUGCCAGUCUAGACAAUGAGUUAAAAGGUAAACAAUGAGUUAAAAGGCGUUCAUCUCACUUUACUGGAGCACGGACUGAGCAACGGGAGCUCACCCCAUUGCGGGGAUUCGAACCGCCGACCUUCUGAUCGGCAAGCCCUAGGCUCUGUGGUUUAACCCACAGCACCACCCGCGUCCCUAGACAAUGAGUUAACGCAGCACCAAUGCCGCUCCCGAUCUGCGUUGAAGCCCCAAACUCGGGGUCAAAUUCUAGGGGUUUACAUGCAUGAGGUGGUUGCUAAAUCCAAUUGGCAAAUUAAUAACUAAGACAGUGUUUCUCCAACUUGGUUCCCCAGCUGUUGUUGGACUACAACUCCCAUCAUCCCUGACCUGCUAGCUAGGGAUGAUAGGAGUUGUAGUCCAGCUGGGGACCCAAGUUGGAGAAACGCUGCAUUAAGGUCUCGUGGUCUGGGCUGCAUGCCAACAAUACUUUUAACUCUGUGGUCCUGCAAAUAAUUCACAGCUGUGUUAUGCCUCUGGAAUGCAGCAGGUACGAGGAGCUCCUGUUAGGAAUUUGAACCUAGCAGAUAUAAACAACUGUCAGGCCUGAGAGAGAGAGAGAGAGGUGGGGGUCUGCUUCUCUAACAACCCUCAUUUAAUAGCGGCAGGAAGAAUUUACUGUUCCAGGCCAGCUACGCCUCUUGGAGUUACAGUCCAUCUUCCAAUACAGUAAAUACAGUGGUACUUUGGUUCUCAAACACCUUGCUACUCAAGUAACUUGGAACCCAAACCACAGCAAACUUAGAAGUAAGUGUUCCGGUUUGCGAACUUUUUUUGGAAGUCGAACGUGCUCCGUUUUGAGUGCCACACUCAAAUAGUGUUUCAAAUAGUGUAUAUUAUUUCAGAGAUGGAGAAUAUGCAUGUGCUUUAGUUAGCUAACAGCUAAAUUGAAGAGGGAGAACAAAAAUACAUUUAUGAUUUCAAUUUUAUUAAAUGUUUUAUCAACAAAAACAAGGUGGUCAAAGAAGUGAUAUUGGUUGUGGAAAACAUUCUGGUACUGCUGAUUAGCAUGCAAUCACUAAGCUAAGGGUGGCUUAAUAUGCUUGUUUUUUUUAAAAAAUGAUAUUUAUUAAAAGUUUAAAAGUUACAGAAAAAAGAAGAAGAAAAAAUAAAUAAAUAUAACAAUAAAAAAGAAAAAGAACAAUAACAAAACAUAUAAAACAUAUAGAAACCAUACAUCAAUACACAAAAAAGACAGACAAAAAAGAAAACUAAAACACACAUCCAGUAUUCCAUGUCUUUACCUUUCCUUUACUUGUUUCAUCGACCUCCUCACACCUCCCUUUAUUUGUAUUCUAAUUCAAUUCACUAUUUCAGCAAGUUCUUCCCAUCUUUCUCAAUUUUUAUUCUAUAGUUUAUCUUAACUGUCUAACCUUAAAUUUUUUCAAUUUAACCCAUUAUCAAUCAAAUUUUACUUAAUUCUUUGUUGUAUUUCUACUAAAACCAUGUAACUUCAUUCCCGCAUCCUUCUAACACUCAUUAAUUUUACAAUGUUUCUGUAAGUAUACUUUAAAUUUUUUCCAAUCUUCUUCCACCGACUCUUCUCCCUGGUCUCGAAUUCUGCCAGUCAUUUCCGCCAGUUCCAUACAGUCCGGGUGGCUUAAUAUGUUUGAAACAGUACAGUAGUACCUUGGUUCUCAAAUGCCUUGGUAUUCAAACAACUUUCGAACGUGCUCCAUUUUGAGUCUUACGCUUCCGAUUUGAGUGCCACACUUCUGUUUUGAGUGUUACGCUGAGGUCUGUUGUUUUGCAAUUUAUUUUGCAUUUUUGUUUUUGCAGCUCUUUUUUUGUUUUGUUUUUGUGACUGUGUGGAACCCAGUUCAGCUACUGGUUGGUUGGUUGAUUGGUUUUUGAUUGAUUGAUUGUGUGGCUGCAGUACAUUGUUUAUUGCUUUCAUUUUAUGAAUCAGUGGUCUCGUUAGAUAGUAAAAUUCAUGUUAAAUUGCUGUUUGGGGGUUGUUAUUAGAAGUCUGGAAUGGAUUAAUCCAUUUUCCAUUACUUUCUAUGGUUUUGGAACAGACGUCUAGAACGGCUUAAGUUUGAGAAUCAAGGUACCACUGUAGUAUUUAUUUAAUAAAAGGCACACAGUACUUGGUUGUAAGAAAAAAAUCAACCCGCAGAGUGGUUUACAAAGAAAGACAAAACAACAAAAUGAUCAGUAAGAGGCUUAAAUAAAACUAAUAAAAAUCAUUAUUAUUUAAAUUUUUUUUUAAAAAAGGCUAGCAUUUACUGUCUGUCUGCUGAUUGGCACUGACUUCAUGUCUGCUGGAUCAGCCAAGUGCGCUUCGCUCCCUUUGCUUCAACUUCAGGUUGGAUCAUAGAAUUGCAGAGUUUGAAGUUUCUGGCAUGUGGCAGCCAUUCCGAUAACUGAAGAUGGCUAUCUUGUCUCCUCUCAGUCUCCUAUUUUCCAUGCUAAACAUUCCCAGCUCCUUCAAUCAUUCUUCAUAAUACUUAGUCCUUCAUCCAAGUCAUUUAUAAAGACGUUGAAGAACAACGGGCCCAGGACAGACCCCUGCGGCAUCCCACUUGUCACUUUUUUCCAGGAUGACGAGGAACCAUUAAUGAGCACCCUUUGGGCUUGAUCACUCAACCAGCUACAAAUCCACCCAACAGUUACCGGUACCUUGUUCAGCCCACAUUUUACCAGCUUCCUCGCGAAAAUAUCGUGGGGGACUUUGUCAAAAGCCUUACUGAAAUCAAGAUACACUAUGUCCACAACAUUCCCCUGAUCCACCAGCUUGAAACUUCAUCAAAAGAAAAGGAAUGAGAUUCAUCUGCUAUGACCUGUGAGAAACCCAUGCUGGGUCUUCACAAUCACAGCAUCCUUUUCUAAGUGCUCACAGACUGCCUGUUGAAUUAUCUGUUCUAGGACCUUUCCUGGUAUUGAUGUCAAGCUUACUGGUCAGUAGUUACCAUGGGCACAAAACUUCCCCACCUCCAGUCUGCAGGGACCUCACCUGUUACCCCAAAAUUCUCAAAGAUCAUAGAAAAAGGCUCUGAGAUUACAUCCGCAAGCUCCUUUAGUACCCUUGGGUGCAGCUCACCAGGCCUUGGAGAUUUGAAUUACCGUAUUUUUCACUCUAUAAGACGCACCAGACCACAAGACACACCUAGUUUUUGGAGGAGGAAAACAAGAAAAAAAUAAAUUCUGAAUCUCAGAAGCCAGAACAGCAAGAGGGAUCGCUGCGCAGUGAAAGCAGCAAUCCCUCUUGCUGUUCUGGCUUCUGGGAUAGCUGUGCAGCCUGCAUUCGCUCCAUAAGACGCACACACAUUUCCCCUUACUUUUUAGGAGGGAAAAAGUGAGUCUUAUAGAGCAAAAAAUAUGGUAAUUUAAGCAGCCUAGCUGUUCCCUUACCACUGCUCUUCCUAUCUUGGUCUGCAGCUCCCUCCUUGCAUCACUUAUCCUUUUGGUAAUGGGGCUUUCAGUCACCUGAUGUCACGUGAUCGGCAGGUGGGCUGGAUUUGGGGGAACCCAGGAUCUGGCCUGUUGGCUGGAUCUAAUUCACACCCCCCCACACACACAACCUAGAGGUUGUAUGUUCAGGUGCACAAGCAAGUUGCCAGCUAGCUCUGCUGAGGCUCUUUUUAUUAGCACAAUAUGCAAAACCAGUCAGAUACAUUUUGGACUGUGCCCUUUACAUCUUCCAAUCAUGCGAUCGUGGGGUGAUACAUGUGGGAAUGUUCAGGGAUGCAGGAGAGGAGAUAUUAUCUGAUAAUAGCCUUUCCAGCUUGUGUUAACAAGGUCACAAUUUAGCAGAGUAACAUUCCUCCUUUUAAACUUGCAGCGGAUGCGUUUGCUCAGGCUCGCUAAAGCCUCUAUAAUAACUGUUCUGCUAUUUCCCCCUUAUUCCCUCAUAAUAAGACACGACACAGUCUUCUAUAAAAGUAUAAAAAGAGUUUACUCACAUUCUGUUCACAAUCGGAUCCUAGAAGGCAGACUUAGCUUAGAAAAGUAACAUACACCUGGAAACUAUCUCAUAAGGAGACAGUCCCUUUGUCCUCUCUUGGCCAAGAGAGCAUCUUUGGCUAAGCAGAUGUUGCUUCUUCAAUGCAUGUAGUCAAAGAGAGAGAUGGCUGCCCUGCCCUGUGCUUUUGUCAUUACCUGCACAGGUGAGGCCACGCCCACCUCUAGUCACAUGCAGAGGAAGUCUGUCCCAGCCCAGAAGGAAACAGGAAGUUUACCUGCUGGCUGGACAAACAUUCCUCCCCAUGUGUAAACAUGUUCACUCUAGGAAUGCUGUACUUGACUGCUCUUGUGUUUCACAUCCCACAAUACAAGUUAUUUUGGCACCUGUUUCCACCAUGUCAUUUUCCCCUUGAGCAAUGUAUGACGAAGGAGUCAAAAGUCACAGACAGGGCACGGCAGAACACUGAGAAAGCCAAAGGUUAGAUAGAGGGCAUGAUGUUCAGACAGUUGUGGCUUUGUCUGCGGGUGGAAGUGUGCUCCACACCCGAAGGUCACGCGUUCAGGAACGGAUUUUCUUUCUGCAUGCAAAGCGUGGACUGCUGUGAUGGCUUAAUGGAGCCUCCAUCUGAAUAUCAGGUGUUGCGGACAACAGGGAGAUGGCUGCUGCGUUCCUGCCUUGCGUUGAAGGCUCCCUGGAAACUGCCAAUCACUGGUGGAAGCAAAAUACCAAACUGGGUGGAUUCCUGGUCAUGAAGGGGAGGCUUUAAAAAACAAACCACCUCAAAAAUUAGCAAAAUGGAACAAGAGAUCGCUGCCCUCUCAUCACGCUACAAACAAACAGGAGCUAAAAAGCUCCUUCAAUUUAUAGAACAAAAAAGGAGAGAACUAGACUCCCUAGAAAUCAACAAAACAAUGAUCAGCAUUCUAUACUCUAAACAACGCUUCUAUGAAUACGGAGGGAAAAACUCCAGAAUAUUUGCAAAUAGAUGUAGGAAAAAAGCACUCAAAACAAGAAUUCACUGCAUCUCCAGAAAAGACGGCAACAUAGCAUUCUCCCCCCAAAGAAAUAAUCUCAGAAUUUGUUGAAUUUUACUCCAACCUAUACACCUCUCAUAACCCACCUGAGGAGGAAAUCAGAAAAUUCCUAGCAGGACUUGAGGAGAUUUCACCCCUCCCAUAUCCAAGAAUCUCCUGAGGAGUCUGCUGAUUCUCCAGAGAGGAGGAGGCGUGUCCAGCACAGAGAGAGUCAGUCAGUCAGUGUCAGAGAGAGAGAGAGAGAGAGAGAGAGACUGUUAGAGAUCGUGUGUAGAGAUAAGGUUGCUGCUAAGAGCAGCUGCAGACACUCAGUGCAGUGCAGCAUUUAUUUAUGCUUAGACCUAUUUAGCUCUGCAUAUAGUUGUGUUAUAGUUGUAGUUAUAGAAUAAAGAAGAUAUUCUACAGAGCUGCUCUCCGAGUUGUUUAUAUACUCUGCUAGAGUCUGCUGUACUCUGCUGUGCAACGACUGUCUUCUUGUGGAAGUGAAUCCAGUGCUCACAACUCUAAGCUGUGAGUCCACAGCACUUUGACCUGUUCCUGUGCAGAAGGUGGUCUCUGGAAGUGCUACCCAGCUCGCCUAGCCCAGUCAGGGCUGAAGUGGAUGAGUCCAGUUGGUGGCACUGGCUCAAGGGCGAUGCUGACAGGACUGACCAUGCCUACCUUAACUGAUGAAGAACAAGAAUUCAUGGACAGUCCUAUCACCCCAGAGGAAAUAGAUAUGGUCCUCAAAAACCUGAAACCACACAAAGCCCCAGGCCCAGACAGCUUUGCAGUAGAAUUCUAUAGGAAAUUCAAAGCAUCUAAAAGAGGGCUUCCCAAAUUUGCGUCUCCAGCUGUUUUUGGACUACAACUCCCAUCCUCAGCUAGCAGGACCAGGUGUCAGGGAUGAUGGGAAUUGUAGUCCACAACAGCUGGAGACCCAAGUUGGGGAAGCCCUGGUCAAAAAGUAUGAAUACAUCAUCCCCCACCGUGGUCUAUUGAUCUUCAUUCCUAAUUUAUUUCUGCUUUCAACUUUUUUUGGCUAACUUUUUUUGGUUUUGUAUCUAUUGUUGCAAACUGCUGCAAUGUAUCGUUAUGAUGCAGCGGUACAUAAAUAUUUGUUUUAGGAAAAAGUAAGUAAUAAAAGUCAUCCUGUGCUUCUGCUGGACUGGGAUAAAUUCCAGUUGUGGCUGGGGGCUUAAAACAGCCCUUCCUCUUAAAAAAAUGCAAUCAGGAAAAUAUGCAGGGGGAAAUUCUUAGCAGGGAUUUAAUUGCACAUGGGCGAGUGAUAACCUGAUUAGCCAAUAUUCCGGCUGCCACGUUGGGGACACUGAUUCAAAAUCUGGACUGGGGAUUGUAUUGGGAAGGGCACUGAGAGUGGAAACUCUCUGGAAAUACUUGCAGUGUAAAAUAAUAAUAAUAAUUGUUUAAGGUGGUCUAGGGAUACAGGCACCUACCAGACAAGUCUGGGCUUGCCCAGUGCUUAGUUUCAUUGCAGACAGACUGCUGUUGGGCUGGACAGCUGCCCAGGUCCUGCAGGUCUUUAAAAAGUGCAAACUCUGGUAUCUUGUCCAAACAGACUGAAAAUACUACCAAGCCCAGCGGUUCCCUAAGUUUUUCAGAUCCCUGUUUCGGUUGCAAUAAACUCAUCCUCAGUGCCCCCUGCCCUACCAAAAGCACUGUUCAGAAAAGUGGUUUGCACGAUCCACUAAGUAAGGUAAGGAGACUGCAAAAUUAAAAGCAGAGGCUACUCUAAUCAAAAAAAUUCCAUCUAUUUACAGUUGGUCUCCAAGUUAAAUUAUAAAUUUCUCCUAUUCCUUAUUGAAGUUUUGGUCUUCUUGGUUCCUGAGCUUUCUGGUCAAUUUUGCCAUUUCAGCAUAGUCCAAUAAUUCAAUUUGCCAUUCUUCUCUUGAAGGGACUUUAUCUUCUUUCCAUCUCCGGGUCAGAAUAUGGUUUAUGUAUCUGUGUGUGAGCUCCCACUCUGUGUAUUUAUGAACAUUUUUGGUUUUGACACCUUAGAAUUACGGGGCGGGGGGGCGGGGAAUGCUUUGGUCGUUUCUCAUAUGCGUGGUCAAAGGUAAAGGUAAAGGGACCCCUGUCCAUUAAGUCCAGUCAUGGCUGACUCUGGGGUUGCGGCGCUCAUCUCGCUUUAUUGGCCGAGGGAGCCGGCGUACAGCUUCCGGGUCAUGUGGCCAGCAUGACUAAGCCGCUUCUGGCGAACCAGAGCAGCGCACAGAAACGGCGUUUACCUUCCUGCCGGAGCGGUACCUAUUUAUCUACUUGCGCUUUGACGUGCUUUCGAACUGCUAGGUUGGCAGGAGCUGGGACCGAACAACGGGAGCUCACCCCGUCGCGGGGAUUCGAACCCCGACCUUCUGAUCGGCAAGUCCUAGGCUCUGUGGUUUAACCCACAGUGCCACCCACCCGGCUGCAAAAGUUGAUGGGACCACUGAUCUUUUUAAUGGUUGUAUAGAAAAGGAGAUUUCAGUGAGUGCGUCUUGCCAUGCCUGAAAUUGCCCUCUGUUUGCAUGGCCAUUUUUGGGGGGGCUUAUUGCUCAGGGUGGAAGAUACCCACUGUAUGUCCAAACCCCUGGUUCAGUCCCUGGCAUGCCCAGUUAAAACAACAAAGAUAAUGAUAUGAUUUAUAUAUCUAUGCUGCUAUUUUGUGAAUGAAAACCAGCUCAUCCUUCUUCUUGUUGGCAUCUGUCUGUCUCAAACAUCUCUCAAGACAGAUGGAUGACAACAACAUGUGGAAUUCGUUCCCCAAAGUCGCAAAGUGGUUUAUAAACAAUAAAUAGCAAUAAAAUUCUAGAACAUCACAAUGACGACGUAAAGCAUAUAGAACAGUUAACAAAUCAUCAGUUAAGACAACUAAAAUCUGGGACAAAACAACUAAAACAAUAAGCUAAUCAGCACAAUUGCAACAUUAUAAUGUAAGGGUCACAAAGUACUACAGCAUUCCUAAUCUCUGAAAUAAUAUUAACAGCAUUAACUCAACAUAAUCUAAGCACAGUUGAAUUCUAAGCAGAGCACACUUUUUAUCGUUUGUACCUUUUAGUGCAAAGAGGCGUUUGUGUAUGUAUUUGGACCUUAAGUAUUUUGACAUCUGAAUCAACGUACCAUUUGUUAUGCCCUGUGGCCUGGGGGAAGCAAUUCAGGUAAUCAGAUUCCUUUGUGUGGUUAACUUUCAAUAACUUGAGCAUUUAGUCUCCCUCCCCACCCUGCUGGCGACCUGAAAGUUAUAUGAAAUUACUGGACUCGAAAUAGAUCAGCCAGCUUUGAUUCAGUUCAGUCGAGAGUUCAUCGAGCUGUAGAGUUGGAAAGAUUAGCAAAACUGAAAAUGCUACUGUUAGCAGCUGGUCACUGCAAAAAAUGUGUGUGUGUGUCUAUAUUUGUAUAUAUUCAAACUUUGCAUAGAGGCGAUACAGGGUGUGUCAUUUACAUUCUGGGGCCUUUCAGCUGAUGCACACGCCCUCCUGCUCUGUACGUUCCUGUGCAAUGCUACUAACUCUUCCUGCAUUUCCAGUGGGCUCUGAUAAGGAAAAGUCCUGGGGUGUGGAUUUACUCCGUGGGGGUGCCACUCCCCGUGGGUCUCUCUGGUCAGCAAAAGGAGGGUUCUGCAACCAAGUUGAAGAAGCAAACAGUGGUCAGUAGACCUGAUCUUUAUUUGUUGCAGCAAGGUUCAAAUACACAAAGAGUAGGAACCCCGAGCAUGUAGUUGUGUGGACUUUUAAGACCUCUCUCCAUUUCCCAUGAUACAUUUUUCAACAGCAUCAUUGAUACAUCACAAAUAUGUCAAAAAGUAGGAGUGUUUGGCAUGUAGAAACAUGAGCCCAUCACCCACCCCUGUCAAUAACCCCAGUUCCUCUUCCCCAAGGAACAAUAAAGAUAUUUACACAUCCCCCUAGCUGUAAGGCUUUCCUGUGCUUCUCCUUUGGAAGUAUCAGGAUUCAAUCCACCAUCCUGAUGGGUUUCUGCCUGGGGUAUGUGCUGCCCUUGAUGGCCUCCUGCCUCCCAUUGUGUGGCUAAGUUCACACCUUAUGGAGGGUGUUAGCAGAGAAAUCUGAGGGCUCCCUUGGACAGCGGUCAGGAAUACCAGAGCAAAACAGCAGCCAGUAGGCUUGCUAUUUAUUGAAGACUGUUGCGACAGGACUCCCACCUGCCACCAGGUGGAACAAGAUGGAAGCCCCGAACAAAAGAGCCCCCAAACUUUUAUUAGCUGAUAAUCCCCAUGUUACACACCCCCAAACUACAUCACUCAUACAUCACGGUUACAUCAUGAAAGGGGAGGUCUGGUGGCAGUAAUCUGAGCAUCCUGGACCCUGCCCCAUGGUUCCCCUUGCCCUCCACCAAACACCCAUCAAGUGAAACAAAAGAGAUACUUACAUUUCCCUGUUUCCCAGCCAAGUUAAUCCCACCCUUUUGUCUUCAUCUGGGUUUGUUAUUUCUGGAAUGGCUACCUGUCUGGCACUCAGGUAUCAGGAGGCCAGGGAUUAUCACUCAGGCAGAGGGGCUGCUGAGUAGCUGAGCUCACAUAUCUACAUGAAUUUCUGAAGUUUUCCCAGUUAGCCAGUACAUAGAUACAUCUAUCAGUGAAUUGUUACAUUUGGUAUCAUGCAGCAGAGGCCCUUUGAAUAAACUGUGAUGAAGUGUUUUGUGGGGACAAGUCACAAAAGUGAUUGUGCUGAUUUUGGUAGUGGGCUGCAUGUGCAUGAUAUCUGCUGGAGGGGCAACCUCCCCCAACCUAUACAUAAAUUCCUGCAACAAGGAGGAAGGAGUAUGUGACCUUAUCAUUAAGGGAUGAUGGAUUCCCCUCUUCCAGAGGAGUCAUUAGGCCUUGGAACCAAGGAAAUCGGUCAAACCGGUGAAUUUUAGCAGUUAUUAGAUUCUAUAUUGGAUAGUCAGAGGAAACAUGGGAUCCGCUUAUUGCUACAAUUUUAUAGACUGCUUUUCUGAGCCUCUGCUGUUCUGUAUGUAAGGUGCCUCUGCCAAAGGUCAUUGUCCUGGCUUUCGUUAGAGGCUGUGCUGGGGACUUGGGAUUUUGGGUGUCAUUUAACCGUCUUUCCGUGGGACUCUUUCCCACAAAACCUUCCAAGACAACAAUCAUAGAAUCGGAAGGGACCCCGGGAGCCAUUAUGUUUUUAUGUGUUGGAAACCACCCAGAGUGGUUGGGGCAACCCAGCCAGAUUGGCGGAGUAUGAAUAAAUAUGAUGAUGGUGAUGAUGACUGCCAUACUGUGUGUGCCUUGCAAGGAGUCUAACCCAUUGAAGGCAGGGGCACUUUGGGUGGUAAUCAAUAAAAUUUCACUCUGAGUAGACCCGGUGAAAUGAAUGAACCUUGCUAAAUUGAUUCAACAGGUCUACUCCAUGUUGCUGAUUUGCCACUCGUCAAAUCACCUGACAUCACAGUGACAGCAGGGGAUUUCUUUUGCCUGCUGUGGCCUUGCAGGGUGCUUUGCGUAGUAGUAGUAGUAGUAGUAAUAAUAAUAAUUUAUUUAUACUGGGUUUCCCCAGCCUCUCUGGGCGGCUUCCAACUGAAUAUUUAAAACAAUACAGCAUCAAACAUAAAAAACUUGCCUAAACAGGGCUGCCUUCAGAUGUCUUCUAAAAGUCUAGUAGUUCUUCUUCUCUUUGACAUCUGGUGGGAAGGUGUUCCACAGGGCAGGAGCCACUACCGAGAAGGCCCUCUGCCUGGUUCCCUGUAACCUCACAUCUUGCAGGGAGGGAACUGCCAGAAGGUUCUUGGCGCUGGACCUCAGUGUCUGGGCAGAAUGAUAGUGGUUUAGCUGGUGAUAUGUCACAAAGUUCCAAACUAGCUCCACCAGCUCAGACGUUGUGGUAUAUCAGUAUAUCUCAAUGUUUAGUUGGUGGCAUAUCACAGUGUUGAAAGCCUGAUAUUGCAGAUCCCUACUCGAGAGUUACAGCUGAACCUUUGGUUGUGGUUUACCGUAUUUUUUGCUCUAUAAGACUCACUUUUUCCCUCCUAAAAAGUAAGGGGAAAUGUGUGUGCGUCUUAUGGAGCGAAUGUAGGCUGCGCAGCUAUUCCAGAAACCAGAACAGCAAGAGGGAUUGCUGCUUUUGCUGCGCAGUGAUCCCUCUUGCUGUUCUGGCUUCUGAGAUUCAGAAUAUAUUUUUUUCUUGUUUUCCUCCUUCAAAAACUAGCUGCGUUUUAUGGUCUGGUGUGUCUUAUAGAGCGAAAAAUACGGUAUCUCCCCCAGACAAACCGAGAUGUGAGACCUGGGUUUGGGGAUAACAUCUUAGCAGCCAAGACAGAGGUGCCACCAGCUGCUAUAUAGAGAAAGGGAAGCGAGCUCAAAACAGCUGACUUCCUGCUGAUUUGCAGCUUCGGUGCUAAAUGCUUUGCUCAAACCUUCCACCAAAUUUGGUUGGGGGUGGGCAGUGUUCGUGAGCUGCCACUGUGCAGAAGUGUGCAGGGCCAGAAGGAACAUUUUGGCAGCAACAACAGAGGUUAUCAGCUGGGUUAUCAAGAAAGAACGCCUGGUCUGUGGAAGGCUGUUUAAUGCUUUGGGCGGACUCACCAGACCGGUGUUUCUUAAUCUCUGGUUUCCCCAGCUUUUGUUGGACUACAACUCCCAUCUUCCCUGACCACCGGUGUAGCGAAGUUGGGAAAUCUUGGUAUGUCAAACGUUGCGGAAGAGUUGUGGACUUCUGGGGAAUGGGUAUCUGGUCUCUUUAAGUCUAAAACUCCCUGUCCUUAGAAGUGUGUAGUUUAAAGACUAUUUACAGAAAUAUUGUAAAAUCAAUGAAUGUUAGAAAAAUGUUGGAAUGAAGGUAUAUGGCUUCAGCAGAAAUGUUAUAAGGAAUUAAGUAUAAAUGGAUUAAUAGAGAAUUAAAGGGAAAAAUAAGGUCAAAAUGUGUUAAGAUAAUUAUAGGAUAGAAAGCAGAGGAAGAUGGAAAGGAAUUGCUGAAACAACUAAUAGAAGUGGAAUACAAAAAGGGAGGUGUGAGGAGGUCAUGGAAAUAAGUGAAUGAAAGAUUGAAACUAUUUGAUGUGUUUUAAAUUGUUUUUGUUUUGUUUUCUUAGUUUAAAUUGUUUUUGUUAGUUCAGUGUUAGGUAUUGUUUUUGUAUUGUAUUGUUUAUUUUCUUUUUUUAUGUAAUGUCUAAAUUGUUGGAAAGUAAUAAAUAUUAUUUUUUAAAAAAUAGAAGUGUGAGACAAUUCCAUCCUGACUCUAGGCAGGAUGAGAUGUUAUCUGAUCUGGGGUCCUGGCACAGCUGGGGGCUUGCUGGGUGUGAAAAGGUUUAGGAGGCUAUCAAAGUAAUUUACAACUCAAGAGCCUGGUACGUGUCAGAGCAGCCUGAGAAGGGAGAGGACCUUUUGAUCUCAAGGUCUCUGAGCCUAAACAAAGUUCAGCUGUGCUGGUCUCCUGGCAAUCAGGAGAUAGUUUCUCAGCAUACAGCCAUUGGUGUGGUGGGAGCUGUACUCUUGACAACGGCUGGGGACCCAAGUGGGAGACACACUACAGAGUCUAUCUACCUGCUCCAGUGUGUGCACCUUUUACUGGGUGGGGAGAAAAGUCAGGGAUGCUGGAGAAAAUGCUCACCCAGUGGUGAGCCUGUCCCAGUUGUUGUGCUGAAGGGGAGACCCCCAAAGGGGUAAUAAACCCUUUAAUAUGGUCCUUCCUGUGGCAGAUAGGUGACGGAUUCUGAGACAUUUCACAAGCCGAGACAUUUCGCUGCAGGGCUUAUAGUUUUAUGCCUUCCGAAAGGCACGGGAGGUUUUUUUGUUCCUUGUUUGUCUUCCCUGUCCUUAUUUGUCUCCUUUUUGCAGGAGAAAACGCCGGCCGGGUUGAGGUGUUCCGCCGCGAAUGCAACCAUGACAAGUGUCCCCUUGGUAGUAACCCACAAUUUCUCCUCGAAAGAAGCCCAGCAGCUGCUCCACAACAAGUUUGUUGUGAUCAUGGGCGAUUCCAGUGAGUAUCUUGUCGAUGUGGCAAUUAGGAUGUGGUUUGUUCCUCAGCUGCAACAAUUCCUGGCCUUCGAAACACAGGCUGGGUGCCUUUUUUCUUGCCGGGAGUAUGAAAACAAUUCUCUGCCCUUGUCCUUCGGCGUGUCCCUCCCUCCUCUCUCUGCCUCUCCAUCUCUCGAGCGCAGCUUCACUUCCUCUUUCAAACUGCCUCUCUGUAUAUUUCUAUCUUGAUAAAUUGGAAACAUGAUCUGCGGAAACUCUGUGGGUUGCAGAUCUCCAUGCUUAGCAUGUGGCUGAAUGCUGAUGUGCUUCUUAACUGCUUAUCGUGCUCAAUCCAUCUGCUUGCUAAAACCUUAAAGCUUUACUACCAGCAAAUGCUUCCCAACAACAGAGAUCUUUAAAAUAAAUAAUAAUAAUAAUAAUAAUAAUAAUGAUGAUGAUGAUGAUGAUGUUAUACCCUGCUCAUCUGGCUGGGUUUCCCCAGCCACUCUGGGAGACUUCCAACAAAAGAUUAGAAGAAGAAGAAGAGUUUAGAUUUGAUAUCCUGCUUUCUCACUACCCGAAGGAGUCUCAAAGCGGCUAACAAUCUCCUUUCCCUUCCUCCCCCACAACAAACACUCUGUGAGGUGAGUGGGGCUGAGAGACUUCAAAGAAGUGUGACUAGCCCAAGGUCACCCAGCAGCUGCAUGUGGAGGAGCGUGGACGUGAACCCGGUUCACCAGAUUAUGAGUCUACCGCUCUUAACAACCACUGCACCACCAGUACAUUAAAACACCAGUCAUUAAAAGCUUCCCUAAAAAGGGCUGCCUUCAGAUGAUUUCUAAAAGUCAGAUAGUUGUUUAUCUCCUUGAAUCUGACGGGAGGGCGUUCCACAGGGUGGGCACCACUACCGAGAAGGCCCUCUGCCUGGUUCCCUGUAACUUUGCUUCUCACAGGGAGGGAACCACCAGAAGGCCCUCGGCGCUGGACCUCAGUGUCCAGGUAGAACGAUGGGGGUGGAGACGCUCCUUCAGGUAUACUGGGCCUUUGAGGCCGUUUAGGGCUUUAAAGGUCAGCACCAACACUUUGAAUUGUGCUCGGAAAUGUACUGGGAGCCAAUGUAGGUCUUUCUAGACCGGUGUUAUGUGGUCUCGGCAGCCGCUCCCAGUCACAAGUCUAGCUGCCGCAUUCUGGAUUAGUUGUAGUUUCUGGGUCACCUUCAAAGGUAGCCCCACACAGAGGGCAUUGCAGUAAUCCAAGCGGGAGAUAACCAGAGCAUGCACCACUCUUGUUGAGACACUCUGCGGGCAGGUAUGGUCUCAGCCUGCGUACCAGAUGGGGCUGGUAAACAGCUGCCCUGGACACAGAAUUGACCUGCGCCUCCAUGGACAGCUGUGAGUCCAAAAUGACCCCCAGGCUGUGCACCUGGUCCUUCAGCGGCUCAAUUACCCCAUUCAGGAUUAGGGAGUCCCCCACACCUUCCCGCCUCCUGUCCCCCUGUCUCAUAAUCUGGUGAGGGAGCCAGUGUGGUGUAGUGGUUAAGAGCGGUGGACUCAUUAUCUGGUGAACCGGGUUCGCUUCCCCGCUCCUCCACAUGCAGCUGCUGGGUGACCUUGGGCUAGUCACGCUUCUUUGAAGUCUCUCAGCCCCACUCAUCUCACAGAGUGUUUGUUGUGGGGGAGGAAGGGAAAGGAGAAUGUUAGCCGCUUUGAGACUCCUUAGGGUAGUGAUAAAGCGGGAUAUCAAAUCCAAACUCUUCUUCUUCCCGCAAAAAGAGUACUUCUGUCUUGUCAGGAUUCAUCCUCAAUCCAUUAGCUGCCAUCCAUCCUCCAACCGCCUCCAGACACUCACACAGCACAUUCAUCCCCAUCACAUCUUUGGGAGAUUGUGGGUGAUUGUGCCUCCUACAACUCAGCACCGCCCUCUUUGCAGCGAUGAAUGAUCCCAAGGGAUCCUCUUGGACUGGUGCAGAUGUGAUUUGGGGUCAAGAGUGGGUCUGUCCUUGCAAGAAAAACCUAUUGCAGUUGCCUCCGUAGUGGGCAUUUAUCGUGGAAGUGCAACACUCACUCACUUGCUACAGGGGAUCUGUACCAAAUGGUGCCCAAACAACCCCCUCUCAUCUUUCUCUUGUUCGGCAUCUAUUUAUUUAAACAAUGCAGCUACGUGAGAUCACAAAUCAUUCCUAAAAUAAAAUUGUAAAUGUGCUUCUCUGCCUGGAUAGCUCAGCUGGUUAGAGCGUGGUGCCGAUAAUGCCAUAGUUGCAGGUUUGAUCCCCGUAAAAGACAGCUGCAUAUUCCUGCAAUGCUGGGGCUUGGGCUAGAUCAGGGGCAGCAACCUUUUUCAGCCAUGGACCGGUCCACUGCCCCUCAGACCAUGUGGUGGGCCGGACUAUAUUUUGAAAGAAAUAUAUACAGUGGUACCUCGGGUUAAGUACUUAAUUUGUUCCAGAGGUCUGUACUUAACCUGAGACUGUUCUUAACCUGAAGCACCACUUUAGCUAAUGGGGCCUCCUGCUGCCACUGCCCUGCUGCUGCGCGAUUUCUGUUCUCAACCUGAAGCAAAGUUCUUAACCUGAAGCACUAUUUCUGGGUUAGCAGAGUCUGUAACCUGAAGCAUAUGUAACUUGAAGCGUAUGUAACCCGAGGUAGCACUGUAUAUUAAAAUGAAUGAAUUCUUGUGCCCCACAAAUACCCCAGAGAUGCAUUUUAAAUAAAAGGACACAUUCUACUCAUGUAAAAACACGCUGAUUCCCGGACCGUCCGUGGGCCGGAUUGAGAAGGUGAUUGGGCUGCAUCCAGCCCACGGGCCUUAGGUUGCCUACCCCUGGGCUACAUAGUCCUGGGUAAAGGUAAAGGUAAAGGUAAAGGGACCCCUGACCAUUAGGUCCAGUCAUGGCCGACUCGGGUUGCGGCACUCAUCUCGCUUUAUUGGCCGAGGGAGCCGGCGUUCAGCUUCCGGGUCAUGUGGCCAGCAUGACUAAGAUGCUUCUGGCGAACCAGAGCAGCGCACUGAAACGCCGUUUACCUUCCCAUCGGAGCGGUACCUAUUUAUCUACUUGCACUUUGACAUGCUUUCGAACUGCUAGGUGGGCAGGAGCAGGGACCGAACAACGGGAGCUCACCCCGUCGCGGGGAUUCGAACCGCUGACCUUCUGAUCGGCAAGUCCUAGGCUCUGUGGUUUAACCCACAGCGCCACCCACGUCCCAGUCCUGGGUAAUCUUGGGCUAAUUUGAGACAAUCAAACUCCCCUUGACACAAAGAAGCCUUUCUCUUUUCUGAUCUUUCAUCACGGUUGAAAAUUGGGAUUUGCAACAAUAUGUUUGCAUAUUGUUUGCAACAAUAUGUUGUGGACAACUGUAGAAGAAUAGCCAGUGCCCUUGAAGAGACGUGGGGAUAUUGUUUCUGGUUGCAAAUCACCCCCAGAAAGUUUUUAUUUUGAUACCAUACUGUACUGAAAUGUUUAAAUGUUUCUUUGUUUGCCAUUGAAUCUUCCCACAACACUUCCUGUUCUCUCCCGCCACACCGGUGUGAUGCAUUCCACCCACGGCCGCAAACCCUUUGCAGUGCAGAAAUCUGUUUCCUCCCCACUCCAGAGCAGUUCCUUUCAAUCUGGGUUGACUCUAGAUCAUGCUUUCCAGGAGAGUGGUUGUGCUUGCUUGAGACACUUUAGGUUAUCCAAACCGUUCCCCGCCUGCAUGAGGCCACAGGUCAAUGAGAAAGGAAGUGGUGAUUACAAACACUCCCCCAUUUAUUUUUCUUUUACAGUGGUACCUCUGGUUGUGAACGGGAUCCGUUCCGGAGCCCCGUUCUCAACCUGAGCAGAACGCAACCCACGUCUGUGCAUGCACGGGUCAGAAUUCACCGCUUCUGCGCAUGCACGUGAUCGUCAUUGUCCGUGUUUGUAAAAAAAAAAGGUUCUGACCUCCCUUUGUCACCUCAGCCUGGUCCUCGGACCCUUGUUGGCAUAAAAGAGUCCACGAGAAGACUGUCCUUGCAGAGUACUGUCUGCUUUUAUUCUUAAAAGACUUUCUGCAAAAAUGACUGACCAACUGUACACACAUCAACACUACCAGCUUUCACUAACCAACCAACCAACCCAAACAAAAACUAACAUUUCUCACUCUAUAUAUACAACCCGGUGCAGGCCGCUGACUCACGCUGACCCAGGUUUUUUAAGCAUUAAAGAAACAGCGGCCAAUUUUUUAGCCGUGACAGUCAUUUUGAGUGUCUGCGCAUGCACGAGCGGCGAAACCCGGAAGUAACCCUUUCCGGUACUUCCGGGUCGCCGCGGGACACAACUUGAAAAGAUUUAACCUGAAGCAAAUGUAACAAGAGGUAUGACUGUAUUUCAAGAUUCAGAGUCACCAUUUAUCACUCAACAGUUAUAAUUCUAUAAUACGAAUGAGUUCCUGCUCAUCCAUCCUCAAUGUUUAUAAGCACAAUUGCAUACAGUUGCUUCUUAAAAUUCCAUCAUGUCCCAUUUCACCCUCUUAAAUACGUAGGUUUCUUAAUAUAUUCUAUCCCCCCCCCUUAAAUUUCGCAUUUGGAAAAUUAUUUUUUUAGUAGACCAGAGAGAGUUUCCAGUCCUCCUUGAAAGAUUCUAGAUUUGUGUCUCUUAUCAGAGCUGCCAGUUUUAACAUAUUCUGCAUAUUCCAUGAUUUUCAUCAGCCAUUCUUCAUUUGUCAGUAUUCCAUGCCGCUUUGGUUACAUGCAGAAACACAGUUGAAGUUUCCUUUGUAAUCUACAUCUUUGUCAAUCUGUUUUCAAAUGGAUUAUAAAGGGUAAUGCAUAAUCACACCAGAAAGGUGUUUCGUUUUUGGAACGAGCCCAAUUUCUCCAGAAGUGCUUCUUGGAGGGGGAAAAUAUGCAAUAGCUCUAGAUCAUGGGUAGGCAAACUAAGGCCCGGGGGCCAGAUCUGGCCCAAUCGCCUUCUAAAUCCGGCCCACAGACGGUCCGGGAAUCAGCGUGUUUUUCCUUGAGCAGAAUGUGUGCUUUUAUUUAAAAUGCGUCUCUGGGUUAUUUGUGGGGCCUGCCUGGUGUUUUUACAUGAGUAGAAUGUGUGCUUUUAUUUAAAAUGCAUCUCUGGGUUAUUUGCAAGGAAUAGGAAUUUGUUCGUAUUCUUUUUUCAAAAUAUAGUCCGGCCCCCCACAAAGUCUGAGGGACAGUUGACCGGCCCCCUGCUGAAAAUGUUUGCUGACCCCUGCUCUAGAUUGUGUGCGGACUACAUAAAAAAAAAACCACUUGUAUUUGGUCUCCAUAGAUUCUAGAAUAAAAUGUUUGUAUGCAGCCUUAGUCGACAAGACAUGUUUUCUUCCCAUUCUAGUUUACCGAUCGAUAUACAAAGACCUGAUCUCCAUCCUGCAGGCCGACGAGCUGCUCUCUGUUGAUAAGCUGAAGAAAAAGGUGGUUUUCUCUUUAAAGUAUUUUCAUAAAAUCCUAGAAUUUUAGAGUUGGAAGGGACCACAACUGUCAAACCUAGAUGUCUCAAGGACACAGCUGCUGCACAAGCAAUAAUUCUGCAAACUUGUGCUUGGCUGCCCCAGUUCAGGGCAGAACUGGAUCCAUAUUCCCUGAUCAAUAACUUUUCCUCCUUUUAUUCAGUCACAGCAGUCCCUGUCUUAUACUUAGAGGGGGGCGUCCGACUGGUUGGACAGUUUUUCGGCAGUAGGAUGGAAACAGGGGGGUUAGGUGGCUUAUGACCAACUGAGACCCCCUCAUUCUGUGGUUCUCUGGACUGAGACUUCUAGGAGUAGUAGUAAAGUAAAUAGUAAAUUUUAUUUAUACCCCACCCUCCCUGCCCAGAGCCGGGCUCAGGGCGGCUAACACCAAUAAAAUCACAGUAAAAACAUAAUGGGGGGGGGAAGAGACCCAAUUUAAAAUACAGGUUAAAAUGCAAUUUAAAAUGCAGCCUCAUUUUAAAAGUAGCUGAUAGAUCAAAACCAUAAGGGGAGGGAAACAUAAGGGUCAGACUGAGUCCAAACCAAAGGCCAGGUGGAACAGCUCUGUCUUGCAGGCCCUGUGGAAAGAUGUCAAGUCCCGCAGGGCCCUGGUCUCUUGUGACAGAGCAUUCCACCAAGUCGGGGCCAGUACUGAAAAGGCCCUGGCCCUAGUUGAGACCAAUCUAACCACCUUGCGACCUGGGACCUACAAAAUGUUGUUUUUUGUAGACCUUAAGGUCCUCCGCGGGGCAUACCAGGAGAGGCGGUCCCGCAGUCAUGGGUUGGCUGCAAGGGGCUUGCAGAGGAGGCCUUGUGUACGAUCCUGAUCUCUACUUGCAGGGAGAGCCGACUUUUGCCAACGAUAAACUGGUGAAAUAUAGUGGGUUAGGCUGCGGGAACAGAUACCAGGAGGUGCGCGAGUUCCGCUCGGAUCACCACCUGGUGCGAUGCUACUUCAUUCCCCGCGUUUAUUCGGACUACGUGGAGGAAAUCUUGGACGACCUCCAAAGAGAGCCGAAACCAGACGUGGUCAUCUUCAAUUCCUGCCUCUGGGACCUCAACAGGUAAGGGGGGCUUACCUGUGGCACCAGGGCACUCUUCUUCCGUGUGUGGGCUUCUCUGAGAUAUCUGCCUGACCUACGCUUGGAAACUGGGUGCUGGGCUCUUUCUGUCCAGAUGGACCGACCUUGCUGUGAUCCUGCGGCCUCUGCCUUGUGUUAUCCAGCCCUUUGUUGCUGACCCCUGACCAGAAACAUCAUAUGUCUCUGCAUCAGCUGAGAUUUGGGAUGCUUUUGUUGCUGCUUUAUGCAGGGACUUAGCGGGAAAACUGUGCUUCCCUCUCCUUAAAAAAUAACCGCUGGAGCAGUUAGUCAUGCAGAGAUGUGGUGGGCAGACUCCUCCAUGGGUGGUCUCCAAAACAGCCUUUUUAUUUCGUUGAUUACCAAACAUGAUCCCAUGUUAGAGGAUGGAGAAUUGGGAAAAUACCCUUUUGUUUAUACUCACAUCUGUCCAGGUUUGAAAAUCAAGGGAACAUGAGACCAGGUGUGUGUGUGUGUUCUUGUGUUCUUGUGUUCUUUAAAUCAAAUCCACCCUGGCACCCUUCAGCUUUCUUGGCCAAGACCAAUGCUGUUAUCCUUUUGUGUCUUCCCACCAAGAUCCUGAUGGUCUCCCUUCUUCCAUGCAGGUACCAAGAGAAGGUGGCCAGGAAGCUUCGGCUGCCGAAGGCCAUCAGGCAGUACAGGCUCAACCUGGAAAAGCUCUUUGAGAGGCUGGAUCAGGUCCUUCCUCAGACCUGCCUUGCCAUCUGGAACACUGCCCUCCCCAUACGGAAAGAGCCUUCUGGAGCCCUCUACAAAGAGAUGGAGGGAGACUACUGCUCAGCUGAGGUGACUGGGGGCCAGCUCCCACCCAAGGUGGGGCGGGGUUGGGUGUCAACCUGUCCCCUAGCCCAUAGCUGUCAACUUUUCCCUUUCCUUGCGAGGAAUCCUAUUCGGAAUAAGGGAAUUUCCCUUUUAAAAAAAGGGAAAUGUUGACAGCUAUGCCCUCGCUCUCCCUCCAACAUGUGGGAAUGUUAAAGAUUGUAAAGAUAAAGGGACCCCUGACCGUUAGGUCCAGUCGCGGACGACUCUGGGGUUGCGGUGCUCAUCAGGAUAUUGACAAGCUGGAAUGUGUGCAGAGGAGGGCAACCAUGAUGAUCAAGGGUCUGGAAACUAAGCCUUGUGAGGAAUGGUUGAAGGAGUUGGGCAUGUUUAGCCUGGAGAAGAGGAGACUGAGAGGGAGAUAUGAUAAAGGUAAAGGGACCCCUGACCGUUAGGUCCAGUUGUGACCGACUCUGGGGUUGUGGCGCUCAUCUCACUUUACUGGCCGAGGGAGCCGGCGUUUGACCACGGACAGUUUUUCCGGGUCAUGUGGCCAGCAUGACUAAGCCGCUUCUGGCGAACCAGAGCAGCACACGGAAACGCCGUUUACCUUCUCGCCGGAGCGGUACCUAUUUAUCUACUUGCACUUUGACGUGCUUUCGAACUGCUAGGCUGGCAGGAGCAGGGACCAAACCACGGGAGCUCACCCCGUUGCGGGGAUUUGAACCGCCGACCUUCUGAUCGGCACGUCCUAGGCUCUGUGGUUUAAGAUUGUAGGAAAGGAUAUAUUUAAUAAGUAUUAUCCUUCUUUCACUCAUGCAAGUAGGUGAUGCAGCAGAGCAGAUUCUCCUCACUAUAGUUGGAAGCUAGGUUGCAGAUUCAUUUGAAUCUCUUAGUUAAGAUUAUUUCCUGGUGUUCCCCUUUUGAUCCUUCUUAAAAUAAAUAAUAAUAAUAAUAAUAAUAAUAAUAAUAAUAAUAAUAAUUUUUUACCCCACCCUCCCUGGCCAAGACCGGGUUCAGGGCGGCUAACACCGAAUAUGAAUACAGUAAAAACAUUAAAAACAAAACAAAACAAACAGUUGAUUAAAAUAUAAGUUAAAAUACAGUGUAAAAUGCAGCUUAAAAUACAGCCUCGCUUUAGUGGUAGCCUAUAGAUCAAAGCCAUAAGGGGAGAAAACGUCAAAUAUUCACCGGGACCAGCUAUCCGUGCUGGUCCUACAUGGGCCAGCAAAAAGAACCGAGGGAAAAUGUAUAUGCAAAAUCCCUUAUAAGGCGUUCCAUAAAUAAAUGAAUGGGGGGGGGUGUUCUUGAGUCCAUCCCCAAAGGCCAGGCGGAACAGCUCCAUCUUGUAGGCCCUGCGGAAAGAUGUUGAAUCCUGCAGGGCCCUAGUCUCUUGUGACAAGAGCGUUCCACCAUGUUGGGGCUAGUGCUGAAAAGGCCCUGGCCCUGGUUGAGGCCAAUCUAACCUCCUUGGGGCUCGGGACCUCCAAAGUGUUGUUAUUUAUGGGAUGUCCCUAUUUUCAUUGGAGAAAUGUUGAAGGGUAUACCAUUAGUACUUCUUCCGCAUUUGUAAGAACUCGAUCUUUUAAUGUGGCACUUUAGAACUCCCUGCCUAUUCAUAGAAUCAUAGAAUCAUGGAGUUGGAAGAGACCACAAGGGCCAUCGAGUCCAACCCCCUGCCAAGCAGGAAACACCAUCAGAGCACUCCUGACAUAUGGUUGUCAAGCCUCUGCUUAAAGACCUCCAAAGAAGGAGACUCCACCACACUCCUUGGCAGCAAAUUCCACUGUCGAACAGCUCUUACUGUCAGGAAGUUCUUCCUAAUGUUUAGGUGGAAUCUUCUUUCUUGUAGUUUGGAUCCAUUGCUCCGCUGGAGCAGCAGAAAACAACCUUUCUCCCUCCUCUAUGUGACAUCCUUUUAUAUAUUUGAACAUGGCUAUCAUAUCACCCCUUAACCUCCUCUUCUCCAGGCUAAACAUGCCCAGCUCCCUUAGCCGUUCCUCAUAAGGCAUCGUAUUGAUCCCAGGCCGAUGACAUAUCCAUAUUCUUUUCAGCCACCUGCCUGAUAUCAAUAGACAGGCACCUAUUGCUUACCCAGAUGCUUAGAAAAUUGAUGUGAAUUUCAACCUUUUUUUUUUUUUUUUAGUCUUUCGCGUCUAACUUUUUGAAAGUCUUGCGUUAUUUUUCCUAUUGAUGAAUUUUAUUUUAUCUUUUUUGUAGACGGUUUGGGACUUGGUUUUUUUUUUUUUUACGCAAUCAAGCAUUGUACGCAUGCUAUGAAAUAAAAUAAAUAAAUAAAUAAAUGCAGGAUGUAGAAAAAGCGACUCCCGUGGACGUGAUUGAAGCCAACUUCUACGGCGCCAUCCUCGCCCGCAGCUACGGGUUCGACGUCCUAGACCUUCAUUUCUUCUUCCGCCGUGUGGACGAUCUCCGCAUUGAAGACGGGGUACACUGGAACUUCUUGGCGCACCGCUUUAUUACCAGAUACCUGCUGACCUACAUUGCUGAUUCCUGGGGAGUCGAGCUUGAGAAGAGGAGGUCCGGCACAGGUGAGCAUGUGGCUCAAGAACAGGGGAAGAGCUGGAUGGAAGGCAGAGAUUGCAGAAGGUCCGGAAGACUAUAGCUGUAAAAGAGUUUUUGAGAAGAGGGUUUUGGGGCUUCACUUGCUGCUUCUUCUUAUAUAAUAAUAAUAAUAAUAAUAAUAAUAAUAAUAAUAAUAAUUUAUUAUUUAUACCCCGCCCAUCUGGCUGGGUUUCCCCAGCCACUCUGGGCGGCUUCCAACUGAAUAUUAAAAACAGUACAGCAUCAAACAUUAAAAGCUUCCCUAAAGAGGGCUGCCUUCAGAUGACUUUUAAAAGUAAAAUAGUUGUUCUUCUCUUUGACAUCUGGUGGGAGGACGUUCCACAGGGCGGGUGCCACUACCGAGAAGGCCCUCUGCCUGCUUCCCUGUAACCUUACUUCUCGCAAUGAGGGAAACGCCAGAAGGCCCUCAGCGCUGGAUCUCAGUGGAUCUUUCGCAAUCGCUCGUAGCCGUGUAAGACUGUAAAAAGUAAGAUUUUUAAAAAGUGAGUCUGUAAGUGACUGUGGAGGCCAAUUCUGGACCCACACGUCCUUCCACAGUGGGGACAUUCGUUCCCGGGCGGGAGUUGAUCACGGUGAGGGUUUGCCAAGCAUGCCUUCCCCUUAGCACGUUCCUCCCUUGCGUCCUGAGUUCGAGUGUCUUCAAAGCCCAUGACACCUUUGGUAAAGGCUGUUCUCCAACUGGAGCGCUCGCAGGCUAAGUGUUUCCCAGUUGUUGGUGAAUUAGUAUUUUCCACACAACAACAACACAAAAGAUAUCCAAAGAUAUGAAAAGAUAACAAUACACAACACACAAAAAUCAAAUCUAGUUUAUACUAGAUUUGCCUUGAGACAGUUUAAACCUCUUUUGUUGACCACCAGCAUUACGCUUUGCAUUUUUUAGUUCAGAAUAGAGUAGUUGCUUUGGAAGAUGAUAAUCAGGCAUCCGCACAACAUGACCAGUCCAACGAAAUUGAUGUUGAAGAAUCAUUGCUUCAACGCUGGUGAUCUUUGCUUCUUCUGGUACACUGGCAUUAGCUUGCCUGUCUUCCAAAGUGAUGUGCAAAUUUUUUUUGACAAACCAAAUUUUUUUGGAAUCUUUCGAGGAGUAUACUCACUAACAGGAGUAUACUCACUAACUACUCACUAACAGAGUAGUUAAUAUGCAAAAUUGUGUGUGUGGAUUUGGAAGUUCUCUUGGAAAAAAUGCAGCUGCCCCACCAGGAACUCAUGAGAGUUGCUUUUGGGGGGUUGUGUGUCAGUGGGUGACCAGGAAGUCAUCCUUUGUGCCCCUUGGGAUAAUGGCUCUAGAAUCCUAGAAUUGUAGCAUUGGAAGGGACCACUUGGAUCAUCUAGACCAACCCCGUGCAUUGCAGGAGUCCUUUGCCCAACGUGGGGCUUAGAACCCAUGACCUUGAGAUUAAGAGAGAAGGAGGGCAAAAAGAGAGGGGCUGCCCCAAUCCCACAGAGCCUGCUGUUGGUGUUGAGCUUCUUGCAAAGAACAACAGGUGUGAUUUCCCCCUCCCCACCUCCCCAGAAUAAUGGCCUCUCACUUUGCAGGGAUUGGUUGGAACGGGACUGCAACACAUCAGCCAGCUUCCCCUCAGCUGCCCUCCACACCCCAGUUGUUCCGUGACUUCUUCUCGGCUGGUGACGCUCCUAUUAGGCAGCUCCUUGUGGACAGAGAAGCCCCUGACAGCUAUGGUGCUCCCUAUGGCAACAGACCUGUGGCUGGAUUCGAAUACAAUCCCCAGGACCCCUCGCCCCACCAUGGCCGGCUCCUUCCUACCCACCCGCCGUUUGAACACCACAGCAAUCCGUAUGAUGACGGGCCAGGGGGCGGAUUGGAGUGUCACGACUAUCCACCCGACGAUGGACAGCUCACUCCUGACCCCCAGUUCAGUGACCAUUGGAAUGUUUCCUUCAGCCACAGGGGUGGGAUUUGGAAUGGCCCCUUUUUCCCAGGUAUGUCCCUGCAAACCACCGUUGUCCCUCUGAGAUACGUUUAGGAGCCCACUGUUGGGAUGCAUCCAAGGAAACGGGGGCAAUUUGCAAGCCCCCAGCUGGCUUCAGCCCACCAGCUGGUAAGCUGGGCGAUCUCCAGUCCUUGGCUCAGCAUGAAACAGCGACCCACAGCUUCAGUAGCCUUCAGAAGCUGCAGCACGCUCUACUCAGCUGAGUAAAUAACACUGCACAAACAGAAGUGGCAGGAGAUGGCUGUGAGAGCAUAUUUACCCGCACCCUCACAAGCACCCGCUGUUUACCUUCCCGCCAGUGUGGUACCUAUUUAUCUACUUGCACUUUGACGUGCUUUCAAACUGCUAGGUUGGCAGGAGCUGGGACCAAACAAUGGGAGCUCACCCCAUCGCGGGGAUUUGAACCGCCGACCUACUGAUUGGCAAGCCCUAGGCUCAGUGGUUUACACCACAGCGCCACCCGCGUCCCAUAAAAAUACAGUUGGCAUCCCAUAAAUAUAAGAGGAGGGGUUUCAGCAGAUAAAGCAACUUAGACUGAGUUUUAGCACACAUGAAAAGCCUAAAACAAAUCCUUAUUUCCUGAUGUAUAGCCUUUGGACUAUACUGUAACUUAAAUAGAAAAUUAUCUUUAGAAAGAUGUCCCCUACAAAGCAUUUUAUUAUUUUUUAAAAAAUCCGAUUUAAAUCAAAAAAAUCCUUUUUAAAACACACACAAAACCAUUGAUUUUUAUCCACCCUGCCUAGAACAGAGAGUGGUAACCAGUUCAGCUGCUGAAAGCGGUACAUACAUUUCCUAAGUCCCCAGAGGGCUUCAUCCUAAGCUCACACAUGAUGUCUCAGUUGUGCAGCUGAUUCUGGGCUUUCCUGCUGCUUUUACUUCCUGCACCUGCUCUGCUUCCCCACUCUGACCCCUUUCUCGCUUUCCUCCAGAAACCCACUCCGACGGCUUCCCUAUUCCCACAACGGCCGGGCGUUCCAGGCGAAGGCGGCGCCCCGAGUUCAUACAGUACCGCCCCCACGAGCAACGCGAAGGAGCCCACCCCUACGCCAGGCCGUGGCGGGGGCGCGGCCGAAACGCUUGGCGUCGCCCCCAAAGGUCAAGAUACGUCUGGAGACGCCCCUCUCGCUCUUAG